AUGGAGACAGAGGAACGGCCGCCGAGUCAUUCUGCCCAGUCCGAUGACCAUGCCGACGUUUCAUCAGACUCAGGUCUUGAUGAUGAGCCGAAGCUGAAGAUUAAGGACCGUGACUACCUGUUUAGCGACUGGAUCAAGGAGACGCGCCAAGUCAACAACCCCAACUUCGAGCCCAUCUUCGUCGCCGUGGACAACCUCACCUACCGCGUGCCCGCCCUGCCGCCCACCAGGCACCACCGGAGCGUGUUCUCCGUCGUCGCCGACGCCGUGCGGCGCUUCAUCCCCGAGAAGGGACCCAAGCCCAUCCCCAUCCUCGACGAUGUAAGCUUCUACCUGAAGCCCGGCCAGAUGACCCUGCUCCUCGGCGCCCCUGGGUGCGGAAAGAGCUCGUUACUCAAGUUGUUGGCCAACCGUCUGCGGGUGGGCAAGGUCGAAGGCAACCUCACCUUCAACGGCAAGGUGCCCAAGCGCAAGCACUACCAUCGCGACGUCGCCUUCAUCCAGCAAGAGGAUGUCCAUCUUCCAACCUUGACGGUGAAGGAGACACUGCGUCUCAGCGCUGAUUGCCAGAUGCCGCGCGGCGUGUCGAGCCAAGCGAAAGCAGACCGCGUGGAGGCCAUCAUGCAGCUCCUGGGCCUCAAGCACCGUGCCAACACCAUUGUCGGCGAUGCGCUGCUCCGCGGCGUAUCGGGCGGUGAGAAGAAGCGCGUGUCGGUGGGCAUCGAGUGGGCCAAGUCGCCCGGCGUGUGGCUGUUCGAUGAGCCCACCACAGGCCUCGACUCCUCUGCCUCCUACGACGAGAUGAGGGCUUUGCGGACGAUCGUCGACAUGGGUGGCGCGGCCCUGGUGUCGCUCCUCCAGCCCAGCUACGAGGUGUUCCACCUGUUCGACAAU